AUGAAUCCGUUUUCAGUUCAUGCACAACGUAGCCCAAAUUGUAAAUUCGUUAAAUCUAUUAAAUCAUCGACUGAAGUCUUAUCCUUCACUUCGUCUCAUACAUCAACAGCUAUUAAUGUUGAUUUACCAACUACUGAUUCCAGUAAAGAAGAAGAUAUGCCUUCUAAACGUCAGAAAAUAGAAGCAACCAGCAGGAGUAUUGAGACACCUCCUUUUGUCGAAGUGGAAAUGGUGAAAAAAGUACGUCGUCAGACAUUCUCGCAUUGGCCACAUCGAACUUCACCAUCUCAAACACAAAUGAUCCAAGCUGGCUUUUUCAAUUGCAAUGUUGGCGAUCGGGUUAUCUGUAUCUAUUGUAACCUUAUUUGUCAACAAUGGACACCACAUACAGACGACCCAUGUGAAGUGCAUAAAACGCUUUCGCCUAAAUGUCCUUUUGUCGUCAAUAUGUUAAUACGCCGUGAAGCCACGCCUCCAUCAAUUAUCAAUCUGAGUUCCGUGACCAACGGAACAUCAGCAGUUGCUGGUGUUGUCGACGCAUUUCGCUCACAUGAAAUUGUGCUUGCCGCUGCUUGCAACUCAUAUUAUAUAGAAAUUCCAAAACGUCAUCAAUCAUUUGCUACAUGGCCCAACGAACCACUUCCAUCUGUUGAUGAUCUCGUUCGUGCCGGAUUCUUUUAUAACGGCACUGGAACGAUAGUUACGUGUUUCUACUGCAAUGGUUCGUUGCAGAAUUGGGGUGCGAACGAUAAUCCUAUAAUUGAGCAUGCUAGGUGGUUUCCGCAUUGUGGAUAUGCAAAGCAACUUUGCGGAGAUGAUCUAUAUCGAAAAAUUCAGGAGUCCAAACGAAGCGUACAAGGUUCGUUUUCUAAAAUUUUUGACUGCUAA